AUGGCCUCCCUCGUCACAGCCGUCCGCAACAAGUUCCUCGACGCCGUCCGCUCCGUCAACCCCCCCGGCAGAUGGAAGAUCCUCGUCGUCGACGACCACGCCCAGCGCCUCCUCAACGCCGUCCUCAAGCAGUUCGACAUCCUCCAGGAGAACGUCACCCUCAUCGAGUCCAUCACCGGCCAUCGCGAGCCCCAGCCCGCCUUUGAGGCAAUCUACAUCCUCAUGCCCACCACCCACAACGUCGACCGCAUCAUCCGCGACUUCGCCCCCGCGCGCCAGCAGUACGCCGCCGCGCACCUCUUCUUCAUCGACGGCCUCGCGGAGCACCUCUUCGAGCGCCUCACCGCGUCCCCCGCCGAGCCCCACCUCAAAGCCCUCCAGGAGCUCUUCCUCAACUUCAACCCCAUCGAGGCCCAGGCCUUCUCCCUCAAGAUGCCAGCCCACUUCUUCUCCAUGUUCAGCCCACCCCGCAACGACGCCGCCGCCCGCUCCUCCCGCGACAGGAUCGACGAGGACAUCCGCUUCACAGCCAAAGUCAUAACGAACGUCUGCAUCGCACUCAACGAGCUCCCCUACAUCCGCUACUACCUCCCCGCGCACCACCCGCCCCUCGGCGCCCUCGCCCCGCACGCGACCACCCGCGCCGCGCCGCCCCCGCCCGACACAGCCCGCCGCUGGCGCACCGACCUCGCCCGCGGCGCCGACGCGCGCGCCUACGAGGCCGCCGACUCCGACUUCCUCCCGCGCGUGCUGGCGUUCGCGGUCCAGGCCGCGCUCGACGAGCACAAGCGCGCGAACCCCGACUUUCCCAAACAGGAGCCCGGGCGCGCGCGCGCGACGCUGAUCGUGACGGACCGCUCGAUGGACGUCAUGGCGCCGCUCGUGCACGAGUUCACGUACCAGGCGAUGGCGAACGACCUCCUCCCCAUCGAGGACGGCGCGAAGUACACGUACAAGUUCCAGUCCUCGCUCGGCGCGUUCGAGGACAAGACCGCGACGCUCUCCGACGCGGAUACCGUCUGGACCGACGUGCGCCACAUGCACAUGCGCGAGGCGAUCGACAAGCUCAUGGCUGACUUCAAUCGCUUCAUGGCGGACAACGCGGGCUUCAAGGGGGAGGGCGCGGCGACGCUGAACGACAUGAAAGACAUGCUCGCGAGCCUCCCGCAGUACCAGGAACAGCGCGAAAAGUUCUCGCUGCACCUCAACAUGGCGCAAGAAUGCAUGGACAUCUUCGAGCGCGACAAGCUGCCCGCCGUCGCGAGCGUCGAGCAGAACUGCUCGACGGGCGUCACCGCGGACGGAAAGUCGCCGAAGCACCUCGUCGAGGAGAUGGUGCCGCUGCUGGACAGCCGCGAGGUCAUCAACGCGAACAAGGUCCGCAUCAUCGCGCUCUACAUCCAGUACCGCGAGGGCGUCCCCGACGAGGACCGCCGCCGCCUGUACCAGCACGCGCGCCUCUCGCUCCCCGAACAGGACGCCGUCAACGCGCUCGUCCACCUGGGCGUCCGCAUAAGCAGGGGCCCAGGCGAUAAAGACAUCAAGCGCAAGCUCAAGCACAAGAUGUCAAACGAGGAAGAGUACGAGCUCUCCCGCUACAAACCCCUCCUCCGCACCGUGCUCGAGGAGCACGUCGCCGGCAAGCUCGACCAAUCCCUCUUCCCCUACGUCAAAGACUACCCCUCCGCAGCCCCCACCGCCCCCGCCGGGCGCAGCCUCCGCCAGACCUCCGCCUCCUCCGCCUCCUCCCCCGGCGGCGCGGCCACCGCCCCCGCGACCUCCCUCCGCAGCGCAAAGCCCAGCUGGCACCGUGCCGCGCGCCCCGGCGCCCCGCCCGAGACGCGCGACCGCCUCCUCGUGUUCGUCGCAGGCGGCAUGACCUACUCGGAGAUGCGCGAGGCGUACCAGCUCUCGGGCACCCUCAACAAGGACAUCUACAUCGGCUCGACGCACACGUUCACCCCGCGCCAGUUCGUCGACGACCUCAAGGUCCUCGAGCUCGGCGGCGUCGGCUCGCGCGCGCUCCCGAACGGCCUGCGCGACCCGCAGGGCGGCAAGCGCGCGUACCAGGACUACUACGACGAGCUCUACUUCACGCGCGACGCCCCGCCGCCGGCGCAGCCCCCACCCCAGCAGCAGCAGCAGCAGCAGCGGCAAGCGCCCGCGCCGAAGCUGUCGCGCCCGAGCCCCGUGCCGUCGCAGGCGGGCAGCGCGAUCAGCGUCGGCACGGUGUCGUCCGCGGGGCUCGGCAAGGAGGACAAGAAGGACAAGAAGAAGAAGGGCUUGUUCAAGUGGUGA